GGAAGUACGUUUCCCGGCCCGGCCCAUAUUGGAUGAGAGAGGUCUCUUCACUCUUGACUCUUGAGAAUAGUAACCAAAAAAGUCUACACGUUUUCCCCCAUAUUCCGACUUCCGACUUACCGGCGACUCAGUUCAGUUGUGGUUUAGCACCACCCUAUAUGGAUCUUAAUGAUCUGAACAAGGUUUGGGAAGUCAAACCUUUGAAGAAGGUGCGUGAUGAUGAGGCGAGGGAAAUUCUUGAAAAUGUAGCAAAACAGGUGCAACCUAUAAUGCGCAAACGGAAGUGGAAAGUUAAGGUGCUCUCUGAAUUUUGUCCUGCCAAUCCAUCUCUUUUGGGACUCAACAUAGGAGGAGGUGCUGAAGUUAAGAUUAGAUUGCGCCGGCCAAACAAUGAGUGGGACUUUUACCCUUAUGCUCAAAUUCUUGAUACCAUGCUUCAUGAACUCUGCCACAAUGAAUAUGGCCCACAUAAUGCUGACUUUUAUAACCUAUUGGAUGAAAUCAGAAAGGAAUGUGAGGAGCUUAUGGCUAAAGGAAUUACAGGUACUGGACAAGGAUUUGAUCUCCCAGGAAAACGAUUGGGUGGGUUUUCUCGUCAACCUCCGUUGCCAUCAUUGCGUCAGAAAGCACUGGCUGCUGCAGAAAACAGAGCACGAUUGGAUGUACUUUUGCCAUCGGGGCCUAAGCGUCUUGGGGGUGAUAGCAGCAUCAAGGCUGCACUCAGCCCAAUUCAAGCUGCUGCGAUGGCUGCAGAAAGGAGAUUACACGAUGAUCUGUGGUGUGGCUCCAAAAUGUUAGAGAGUGAGGGACCUUGUGAAAGCUCCAAAGCUUCAGCGAUACUGGAGUCUCGUCAUAUUUCAAUUGUAGGAACAAAUUCUAAGAUAAUGUGGGAAUGUUGUGUGUGCACUUUAUUGAAUCAGCCUCUAGCCCUCCUUUGUGGAGCUUGUGGAACCCCAAAGGAUAGAGGAAAUGAAGCUAAGGAAGCAAAGGCCUGGUCUUGUAAGUUUUGCACGUUGCAAAAUAGCCAUGAGGUUGAACGGUGCUUAGCUUGUGGAGAGUGGAGAUACUCUUAUGGUCCACCUGUUUCAAUGACAGAUCCUCGUAUUGGCACGUAGGGCAAUAAGCAAAGAAUUUUACAGAAAUUACAGGCGGACUUUGUUACAGGACUCGAGGUCAACGCUCCCAACAAGAUUUUUUCCUUGAAUCCCCGAGACUUGUGAUCAAGAUUGAAAGGAUCUCAAUUAUCCCACCACAACUCAUGUUGGUACAUUAUGGGAGAAGCUGUUGUUUGCACUGGUAAAUAGUAUUAUUAUGGUUUUAAUAUGAACUUUUCGAAUAUAUAAGCAAUGAAAUAAUUCCUAUCAUCAUUUGGUAGAAUGAAAAGUUUAACAAUUCCAGAUCAUUAAUGGAUAACAAAAAGUAAGUGAGAUAUCGGUUUUGUGUCAAGAAAUGAAUAAUUGAAACAUUCAUUCAAUUUGAAUGAGUUGAGAAAACCUUGUAAUUGUGUAUUUGGCAACGUAAUGAUUCAUGCUA